UCAUGAAAUAUUUGCUCAGAGGGAUCAGAGGCAUCGCUGCAGAAUUCACUAUCGACAUCUGACUGUUCCAGCUUUGAUGGUUGUGUCACUCCUUAGCAUUCUACUUUUCAAGCUGGUUCUACUAUAAUUACUUGCACAGGAUCUCCCCCAAACGCUUGAGCUGCGCCACUGAGAACGUAUGAGCUCAUGGCUGUGGUGGCACUUCAGAUCCUUGGGCUGGUCAUGGGAGUGCUGGGCUGGAUCCUGGACACUGUCGCUACCAGCUCGCAGACCUGGAAGGUGUCCACCAAGGUCGACUCUGUGAUCACGGCCAACUGGGUGUUUGAGGGCCUGUGGAUGCAAUGUGCUGCUACUGCACUGGGGUCCAUCCAGUGCAAGAAGUUCCCCACUGUGCUGGGCUUGGAUGCUUAUAUCCAGGGAUGCCGGGCGCUGAUGAUCAUUUCUCUGGUCCUGGGUCUGGUUGCUGUAAUCGUGUCAAUGAUGGGACUGAAGUGCACCAAGAUUGGCAGUUCCAGCGAACAAGCCAAGGGAAAGAUUGCUUUGGUGGGGGGAAGUCUCUUCAUAACUGCAGGUUUGACUUGUUUGGUGGCUACGUCAUGGUAUGCCUCCCAGGUUGUUAAAGAGUUCUAUGACCCCUUCUAUGGAGGCACUAAGUUUGAGCUGGGGGCAGGACUCUACAUAGGCUGGGGUGGUGCCUGUUUGGGUAUCCUGGGAGGCGCAUUUCUUUGCUGUUCCUGCCGAAGAGGAACCACAGUUUCUAAAAGGGGAUAUGACUACUCAAUUGCAGGUCAAAAUGCCCAGAAGAUCUACAAGACCUCCCAACCUUCCGAAGUUUCUAAAGCCUAUGUUUAGUCUGUUGUCUUUCAGCCUUGUUCCUUAUCGUGUCGCUUUCUUACUUUUUGUUACACUUUUGACAUUUUUUGUGAGGGGGGAGUGGGGGGAUAAUCACCAGCAUUUAAAAGAAAUAAUUUCAACUACAAAUUACAGAAACACAAUGUACUAAUUUCUUGGCUGUGUGUGAACCUUUCAAUAAAAUUUAAUUAAGUUAU